AUGGCUGAUGAAUGCUAUUCUGAACUAUUGAAUAUACCAUCUUCAACUGUUCUGAUAACCGGUGGUUCUAGUGGCAUUGGUUUAGGUCUCGCUCGAUGUUUUGUUCAAGCAGGCGCAGCUGUUAUAAUCACAGGCCGUCGCGAACAACUGUUAAAAGAAGCUGCUGAAGAAUUAAAUGGUAUUGGAAAGAAAAAAGUAGUUUUUCAUGUUAAUGAUACUGAAAAACUUGCGGAAAGACAAGCACUGUAUGAAUGGAUAACACAUGAAUAUCCUCAAACAAAUAUUCUUAUUAAUAAUGCAGGUAUUCAACAGCGCGCUCCAUUUAUUCCAAAUGAAAUACCAUCUGAAAACAUAGCCUGGGAAGAGCGAGAAAAAGAAAUUCAAAUAAAUGUAUGUGCACCGAUGCAUCUAUCUCAUUUAUUUAUACAACAUUUUCGACAAAUGAAAACAACCACGGCUAUUAUGAAUGUAUCAUCAGGUUUAGCUUUUGUACCAUUAGCACCAAUACCAAUCUAUUCAGCAACCAAAGCUGCUCUACAUUCAUUUACUAUGAGCCUUCGUUAUCAGUUAAUGAACGAAAUAAAGAAUAUUCAAGUUUACGAAAUUGUACCGCCUGCUGUACAAACAAAUCUUGGUGGUAGUCAUGCUUUUGGUGAGCCGCUUGCUGAAUAUUGUCAAGCAACAUUUGAGCGCUUACAAAAAGGUGAACAAGAAAUUGGUUAUAAAUUUUCGGAUGAAGGAAGAAAAAUGAAAUCACGUGAAGACACGGAUAAAUAUUUUAAAAAUUUCAACGAUAAUAUGGUAAAAUUAUUUCAAAGCCAAAAGCUUUAA